CAAUUUCCGAUACAAUCAAAUAUAUAUUUAAGUAACAUAAAAGUGAACUCCUAAUCGGAGUUUACUUUUGUUAUUUAUUUAUAUAUUUGUUUGUGAGGAAAUAAAAUAAAACAAAGGUAAUAUGGGGAUGUCUAAAAGUGUCAUGGUCAUUGUAUCUCUCGUUCUCGUAGUGUUCUUGGCUCUUGCAGCCACCAAGACUGAGGCAGCAGUAAGAAAAUACAUAGAUUAUGGUGUUUUUAAAAAUGAUGAAAUAAAUUGUGACAAAGCGCACAAAGCUAACUGCAAGAAGAAGGAAGUAAAAAAUCCUUACACGAGAGGAUGCCAAAAGAGCCAUCGUUGCCGCCCCGAAGAGCUCUCCGAUCCAGAUCCAAAGCUGUGAAUCAACCAACCCGAGAGCAUAUAUAAUAUAACAUCAAAUUUGUUUCCCUAAUCAUAAAGAAUGUUCUGACAGGCUUCUGAUUGGUUAGUGGUUAUCUAUCUUUAUAUAUACACAUGACAUCCUCAUAUUACCCUUGUUAACUGCAAUUAUUUGCAGUCUAUUUUCUUGGUUCUGUAAUUAAUUGUAACUCAGAUGAUGUUAUAAUUAAUCACUUAUAUUAUAUCUAACAAAUAUAUUUUUCCGCUUACUUA